GCAGCGAGCUGAGUCUAGAGAGAGAGAAAGCAACCAAAAAGUGUAUAUAGAGAGAGAAGAAGAAACAAAGUAACUCCCAACUCAAUUAAUUAAUUUAUUUGUUUUCUCACUGUUAUCAGAUCCACCUCUCUGCAUCAACAAGAUUUCUUUUCUUUUUCUUCUCCAACACAACACAAUCUGCAGUUUCACACUCUUCUUUCUGAUCUGGGCCUGUUUACUUUUUCAUGUUGUGGCUGCUGCCUGGAUGUCAUUCUAAAACCCUAAAACCAAACCAUAAUGUUUACAGAAGGCUUAGAUACCAAUGCGCUUAGAUGGGUUAAAGAGGGGUCGAAUAAUCCCAAGAAGGAAGUUCCUAACUUUGUCCCAAACGAACGGCGUCGAAUCGAUCCCGUUCCAUCACGGAACGGAAAUCGAGGGUUCGGAUUACCGCCUACUUCAAAAUUCAGAAGCGGGCAUCUACCCGGGGUUAUUCCGAUAUCUCAAGUAUUACCCGGAGAAGAUACGAAUUCAGCUUCUGAAAAUGACAUGUCCACUGAUUCAGAGGAAGAGGUGUACGGUGGACGUUACUCACUAGAUUCCUCUCCUCAAAAUGAUAUAGUUUUUCCUAGUAAUAGGUCCUAUGAUCCUACGCGUGUGCGCCCACGGUAUCAUGUGUACUCGAGUGAUGUGAGCUCUUCGGUUGAAACAAUGGGGGCUAGAAGAAACGGCACAAAUCGUGUUAGAAAUAGUUGUAUGUAUGUUGAGGAUGAAUCAGAUGAUUCGAAUGGUAGCUCUGAGUUCUCGACAACUCAAGUGCCAUCACGGGCGUUCUCGACAACUCAGGUGCCGUCACGGGUCAACGGAGAUGCUUCUAGAAAGGAUCAUAAGGCCUCAUUUGAUGAAGAUAUUCCGAGUGCACCUCCAUUUUUGGGUUCCGAUGUAGAAAGCAAGCAACAAGAACACCCUCAACCCUCCAAGUCGAAUCGUACUCCAUUGAGAGCUAAUUCUCGUGAUUUCGAAGUUAAACCUUCUAUUGAAAGGAAGACUCCUAGCGUAGAUUUGAAGGACGAUCACAAAAACGAGACUUCAAAAUCGUCAAAUAGAAAUGUUCGUGCCAAAAGCGGGCCCUCUUCAGGAUCGUUUCAUGCGCGCCUUCCCACAUUUCAUGCAAGUUCACUUGGGCCUUGGCAUUCGGUGAUCGCAUAUGAUGCGUGCGUUCGGCUUUGCCUACAUGCUUGGGCCAAGGGCUGUAUGGAGGCCCCCAUGUUUCUCGAAAACGAAUGUGCUUUAUUAAGAAGUACUUUUGACUUGCAACAAGUGUUACUACAAUCGGAGGGAGAAUUGCUUGUAAAACGGUCUUCAGAAGUUGGUAACAAAGGAGGUGCAGCAAAACCGAAAAAAAUGGUCGGGAAAAUGAAGGUUCAAGUUCGUAAAGUGAGAAUGGCAUUGGACCCACCAACAGGAUGCAACUUUUCAUCGCUUAAACCACCAAAAGUUAAACUGGAAACCGUUAAACGACACUGUUCCACCGUACAAUCCAAACUGUCGUCUGGGUGGCAAGCGGUUAGAAGAAUUCCCUUUUCACCUCGUGAGCCCAUCAACGGCUCUUUUUCUCAACAGAGCUUGGCUUACAUGCAAGCAAGCACACAAUAUAUGAAACAAGUUUCCAGCCUUCUUAAAACUGGCGUUUCAAGCUUACGUAGCACUUCAUCUGCCAAUGAAGUUUUGCAAGAAACAUACUCGUGUUUGCUAAGGCUAAAAAGUUCGGCUGAAGAGGAUACGGUCCGAAUGCAACCUGGUUCCAGUGAACUUCAUAUAUUCCUGCCAGAUAGUCUCGGAGAUGACUUGAUUGUCGAAGUAUAUGAUUCAAAGAGGAAUCAUUACGGUCGGGCCCUAGUUCAGUUGGCUACAAUAUCCGAAGAUCCGAAUGAGAAACUACGUUGGUGGUCUAUAUACCGAGAACCGGAGCAUGAGCUUGUUGGUAAAAUACAACUUCAUAUAAACUAUACAACAAGUUUAGAUGAUAGCAUCAAGUGCGGUUCUGUAGCCGAAACGGUGGCAUACGACAUUGUUUUGGAGGUUGCGAUGAAAGUGCAAAACUUUCAACAAAGAAAUUUAUUGUUGCAUGGUCCAUGGAAAUGGUUACUCAUCGAAUUCGCAUCGUAUUAUGGGGUUUCUGAUGCUUACACUAAACUAAGGUACCUUUCAUAUAUAAUGGAUGUUGCUACCCCAACAGCUGAUUGUCUCUCUUUGGUGUACGACUUAUUAUUACCGGUUAUGAUGAAGGGGCAUAGCAAGAGCACCCUUAGUCAUCAAGAGAAUAGAAUAUUGGGAGAGAUUGUAGAGCAAAUCGAACAAAUUCUUGCUCUUGUUUUUGAGAAUUACAAGUCACUCGAUGAGCAAUCACCAUCCGGCAUUAUGGACGUUUUCCGGCCUGCUACGGGAGUAGCUGCACCGGUUUUGGAGCAUGCUGUUAAACUUUAUAAACUCACAAAUGAUAUAUUAUCGCCUGAAGCACAAAAUAAAUUAUAUAGCUACUUCCAGGCUGCUGCUAAAAAAAGAUGCAGAAGACAUUUGACCGAAACCGACGAGUUUGUUAGUGGGAAUGGUGAAGGCAUUAUGAUGGAUUCUGUUGCUGUUUCUACGGCUUAUCAGAAAAUGAAACAUGUUUGCCUCAACAUAAGAAAUGAGAUAUUUACGGACAUCGAGAUCCACAAUUGCAAUAUACUCCCAAGUUUUAUCGACUUGCCGAACCUUUCAUCAGCGAUAUACAGUGCGGAACUCUCGAGCAGAUUAAGAACAUUUCUUGUUGCUUGCCCUCCGACCGCUCCUGCGACUCAUGUUACUGACCUUGUAAUUGCGACGGCAGACUUCCAAAAGGAUCUUGCCAGCUGGAAUAUUAAUCCUGUAAAAAAUGGGGUCGAUGCAAAAGAAUUGUUUCAUUUGUAUAUUAUGAUCUGGAUUCAAGAUAAGCGUUUAUCUCUCUUGGAGACAUGUAAGCUGGAUAAGGUGAAAUGGUCUGGAGUGAGUACACAACAUUCAACUACUCCAUUUGUGGAUGAGAUGUACGACCGCUUUAAAGAGACAUUAAACGAUUAUGAAGUUAUAAUAUGCCGCUGGCCCGAGUAUACCUUCGCUUUGGAGAAUGCGGUUGCUGACAUUGAAAAAGCGGUAAUCGAAGCCUUAGACAGACAAUACGCAGAUGUCGUAGCGCCUUUGAAAGAGAACAUGACACCCAAGAAGUUCGGGCUAAAGUAUGUACAAAAACUCGCCAAAAGGACCACACAUCCUUAUGUGGUGCCACACGAGCUUGGCAUUCUGUUGAACUCGAUGAAAAGAAUGCUCGAUGUUUUGCGCCCUAAAAUUGAGCUACAACUAAAGUCAUGGGGUUCAUGUUGCAUUCCUGAUGGUGGAAAUGUAGCACCCGGGGAGCGGUUAAGUGAAGUCACGGUGAUGCUUAGAUCGAAAUUCAGAAAUUAUCUCCAAGCAGUUGUUGAGAAGCUUGUUGAAAAUACAAGAUUACAAAGUGGUACAAAACUCAAGAAAAUCCUUCAAGAUUCAAAGGAAAGUGUGGCAGAAUCUGAGAUUCGAUGCAGAAUGCAACCGUUAAAAGAUCAACUUACAAAUACAAUAAAUCAUCUCCAUACGAUCUUUGAGACCCAUGUUUUUAUUGCAAUAUCAAGAGGAUAUUGGGACCGAAUGGGGCAGGAUGUUUUGGGUUUUCUUGAGAACAGGAAAGAGAAUCGUUCAUGGUACAAAGGUUCAAGAGUUGCUGUUUCUAUUUUGGAUGAUAUAUUUGCUUCACAAAUACAACAAUUGCUUGGUAACGCACUUCAAGAUAAGGAUCUUGAACCACCAAGAUCCAUAGUUGAAGUGCGGUCAAUGCUCUGCAAGGAUGCUGGUAGUUACAAGAACGAUACUUUCUACUAUUAGAAACCGUUUUGCAUAUACAUUCGGAAAGCAGGCUGAUGGAGUUGGCUGUUGAAGUCAAGUUUUGUGUUCAUCCCUCGAGGGUGUUAUAAUUGGUUCUAUUUGUGUAGUUACAUCUAACGAGUAUAUAAAUUAAUUUCUUAAUGGUUGCAUUAUAGCGAAUGUAGUAGAGAUCAUGCGAGAGCCCUUAUAAUUUAUCAUAUGAUAGCGCGACAAGUAUUUUUUUGUUUGUGAUCUUUUUGAUGUGGUUGACUUAUACAAAACAUGGUCUUUGACCAGGGACAGUAUAUAACUUUUACUAUCAGUUUAUGCAA